UACACUUAUCACAAACAAGGAUCAUAGAAAUUCAAACAACGACUCGAGAACAUAGCAUGAAAAAUGUAGAUGAUACACAAAAUAUUAUAACAAUAAUGCAUGAUCAAAUAACAAAGAUUCAUAAGCUUUUGAAAGAGGUUGGGAAAGAAGAUAAUAUUAAAAAGAUUGAAGUAUAUGGUGUUGUUAUAUCAA